UGCGCAUGCUCAGUCGACGUUGCUGCCGUAGCUAGACAGCAACACGGAGAAGACACUAAACCGGUAUGGUGUCGUCGCUCUUUUUAAGCUGGCACUGUUAUAACCCAACAAAAUGAAGUGAAGUUCCCCAACUCAUAUCAUCUAUAGGAUAUGAGAAGAACGUGUCCAAUGCAGCAUUAGAGGAAUCGUGACAUGCUGGCUUGUUUGCCAGCAUUAGGAGACCCUACCAUCCGAUUUCUUCCUUGCACGCAGAUGAACACUGGACCUCAGAAAUGGGAAACUACACAGAAGAUGAGAUCUGCCGUCUAUCCAACCCCAGCCGAGUUGGAUGCCUAUGCUAAGAAAGUAGCCAACAACCCUCUGACCAUCCAGAUCUUCCCCAACAGCAUCAAGGUUCCUCAAAGGAAGCACGUGCGUCGCACAGUCAACGGGCUUGACACGUCCUCGUCCAGCCAACGCCACAGCCCCUACGCUUCUCAGGUCACCUCCAGUGGAGGCCUGCUGGCUGUCCUUCGAGCACCUGUUAAGGGCUUCAUCAAACAGUCGCAUAAUAGCCGCACUAGACAACAGAAGGCAGUCAUGAACCCUCAAACUGGGCCGUACGCCACUCAAAGCACUUUAAAUCUUCCUCAUUCUGCUCCGCACCUACCAGUCCCCUCCCAGCCUGCAACCCAGAAGCAGAGUAUGGCUCACGCUCCGGCCCUGCAGCAGCAUCAAAGUUUGGCUCAUUCAAUGACUCUACAGCAGCACCAGCCCCAGGCUUUGCAGCAGAGGAGCAUGGCCCAUUCUCACGCACUACAGCGGCAGCAGAGCAUGCCCCAGGUUCCGUCUACACAGCAGCCGAGACUGGCUCACCCACAAGCACUACAGACACAGCAGGACCUGGCUCGCACCCAGACUCUGCAGCAGGGCCCGUCUCUUUCAUCAGUCAUUCCACAGCAGCAUCUUUCUCAUGUGCACACUCUGAAGCAUCAGACUGUUACUCCACAAGCUUUAGUUACUCAGCAGGGAGCCACUCAGGAUCUGCGCCACCCAUCUGAAGGAGCUCAGCUUCAGAACUUGCCACACACCCAGGGGCUCCCCCAUGCAGUGCCUACAGGACCUCCAUCCAUGUCUAACAACCUCCAGCAGCCCCCUGUAGGACAGUAUGGCCCACGGAAGCUGCCAGAUGUGGACGCCCCACCAAAUGUAACUGUAUCUACCUCCACCAUACCACUGUCGAUGGCAGCCAGCUUGCAUCAGAACCGGCCCAGUGACCUGAGCAGCAUUGUACACCAAAUCUACCAGCUGUGCCAGGCUCGGGCCGGCAUGGGCAUCACCUCAGUCUGUGAGGGCCAGAUUGCCAACCCCAGCCCCAUUAGCCGCAACCUGCUGAUCAACGCUAGCUCGAGGGUGUCUCAGCACUCGGUUCUGGGCAGUGGUCCCAGCUGCCUCAUGGUGGGACACCCAGACCAAGCUGCAGCUCAGACACCCAGUGGUACACUCCACUCUCAGACCACUACCGCUGCUCCUAACGAUAUGGCUACCUUUCACACUGACAGCGAGAAGGUGCAGCAGCUUAAGCACCAUUUGCAGCAACAGAAACAGCAGCAGCAACAUCUGCAGCAGCAGCAGCAGCGCUCCUGGGCCCAGCAUCAACUGGCCCACAUGCAGCAGCCUCCUGAAGGAGUUCACCCCUGCAAAAACCCGAGGUUGGAGCUGUCGGGCGAGUGUGCUUUCCCGUCUCAGAACCUCAGCUACGCCCACAAGCUGCCCAAUGCAGCACAGGGCUUUCCUCUGAAACACCCCACUGAAACGUCACACUCUUCCUCCCCCGUGAACUGCCCGGGAGGGUCUAUGCCUUACAUUAAUGGGCACUACAUGCAGCUGCCUUGGAGCAGCAUCCCAAAUGCAGCAGGGAACAGUGGGAAUGGUCUUCAAGACCUGCCGGUGGAUUUCCAUAGAGGGCAGGCUUCUGCCGCUACAGACCGCAUUCCAGGGGCAAAAUACAGGCCCAGCAAAGACGGGCCCCCCACUGGCCACUCAAAGAUGAUGCAGAGAAUGGACUUUUUAGGUGAGGAUUUUCAGAUGCCCGGUUUACCGGAUCCGAACAUGGAUGUGGUACAGAAGAUGCACAGGUCUGCCAUGGGCCAAGUAAAGGAUUCCAGUAACAGCGGAGGUGUCCACACUCACCACCCAGGCUACCAUUAAAAUGUCUGCUUGUUCUUUAGUGCUUAUUUUUAAUUAUUAUUAUUAGCACUUUCAGUUUCUGUCCUGUAUGUUUUUUUCUUCAGUCUUGAACAGUCAGGUAGAUUUUAUUGCUUCAGCGCUGAAAAAGGCCCUGCGCUGGAUUGCGUCCGUGAUUAACCGCAAGGAGGCGCUCCACUUCCUCCACGGGUACCCAAACAGAAUAAAGCGGAUUUGGAAAAUGAAUGAAUGAGUUGGAUUUGGAAACCUGCGAGUCAUGUGGGUUUACACUAUUCCUCAGGUCUUAAGCCAUGCUGUACCUUUGUUACAAAUGAAGGGUUUGUGAACUAGUUUGUGAGUCUUCUCAUCACUGGCGUGGAUGUGCUGCUCUGUGUGUGUCCGUGUCGUUCUGUAUGUUUUCAUCCGCCGCUGAGUUUCCUCUUGCCUCACGAUUCUCACAAUGCUCCUUUUAGGUUAACGUUUAUCAGCAUAUAUGGCCUUAAACCGGCCCAGUGGCGAGCUUUAGGACACCCUUGUGCUAAGUUGCAGUGAAAGAUGUGGCCCGAGUUAUUAAGGUUGUGUGUUUAUGCAAUCAAUCACUUUCAGUCGGAGGAAAUCCACAUUCUGUAACAGCCCAGGCGAUCCGGGUUAGAGGUCGACCGAUAUAUCCGCCUACCUCAGGUCCGGAUCGGUUUCCUUUAGCGCCGUGCAUGUGUGAACGUUCUCCGCUUCUGUUGAUACUGUAGUUUUAUAUUACUUUCACUUUUUAAUAAUUCUAGAGGUUUUUUUCCUUUUUAAAGAUGUUUUAUUGUUUGUUGUCCGUCUGUCGAUCACGCUACUUGAACUGUAGAAACUACGUUAAAUGUUUAGCGUUCUGCCCCAGAAACAGAAACCCUACUGGCCCGUAUUUAUCCGUCGCCGAUGUGAAACAAAAGGCGUGCCGUUAUUAAAGCGUAGUUAGUGCGUGAAAAACAAGGACUCAAAAUGAUGAAAGCAGGAGAAUGCUUCAUUCAUUCAUUCAUUUAACACUUUUAUCACCAUUUUACUGCCGUAGUGCAGCUGAACUAAUGUAAUGUGGAUGUUUUUGUCGUGGUUGUGUUUGUACCCCUAACCAAUCACUGCUGUCGCUAUUUAUAUUUUUAGCUAUUGAAAAAAGUUUAAUUUCCAGAUAUUAAAUCAUAAAAUCAGACUAGCAUGACUCAUCCUCUUAGGUUCAUUUUAUUUUGGAAGUUUUGGUAACACUUCCUUUUACAGUCCUCUAAUUACUAAGUACUUACAUGGUAAUUACAUGGUAAGUUAAAGUGUAUAAUUGUGUAAUUAAAGUGUGUAAUUGUAAUAGAGUAAUUAUUGUGCAAAGCAAUAUUUACGGGGAAUGAUUACUCAAAAUAACUAGAUUUGAACCUCAGUUACACGGUAAUAACUGUUUAAGAACUUAGAAACAAUAAUACACUUUAUCUUAAUAGGUAAUUACCAUUUAAGUACUUGGUAAUUAGGGGACUGUAAAAGGAAGCGUUACCGAAGUUGUUUUAUCCUCGAGCCUUCUGGAAAAACCGAGCUUCUUCAUCAACUUAUGGAUGCCUUUACAGUAGGAGAGAGAGAGAUUUCACCCCUCUGAUUAACCCGACGCUUUAGUGGAAGUUGAUGAUGUAGCCUUAAAUGGGGUUGUCAUGGUAAUAAAUCACCCAUCCCAUUGUCCCAAAUGUUGUGUAAAAAUCAAGUAUUUGAAACCUUUUUGAAAGACUUUAAAUAGUGUUUAGCAUAAAGAAUAGGUCAUUAGAACAGGGCUGUAGCGGUCGUUUUGAAACGUGUUUCUGGUUUCUUUGACGAGUAUCCUGAUUUUGGUUUUAAAAUUGUGUUUGUUUCCCCUCCCAAAGCCAAAGGUGUCCCGGUGGUCUGAGCUCCAAGGCUCAUACAAAUGGGUCAUUCCCAUCUGUACCGGGUCGGCCCGGUCCGGGUAGCCCCGGUCGGCCCCAGCCUGGCCCGGUUGAUUCCACGCGUCCUUGUUCUAAGCCCAUGUGGGCUGAUUCUACCCACCAAUCAGAGGCUUGCUCUAAUGGAAGGUGUGAAUUUGCUGUCAGCAGUGGGUGUGUUGGCCCUGGUCGGCCUGAAGCAGACCCCCUCGAGAAGAGGGCUGAGAACGAGCCUUGGUUGGCCCGGAAAAAUACCAGGCCACCCAGAUAUGUAAACAACCUACGCUACCCGGCCCGGGCCGACCCGGUACAGAUGGGAAUGGCCCAAAAGUGAACAUCUGGACCUCUCUAUUUCUGAGCUGUUCCUAAAACACUGGACUGGUGGGAAAAGGGAGAUGAAAUUUCAUAUUUAGAGGAGAAGUGGCUGAAUUAGGAGCUUUGUGGGGUUUGGUCUUUACUUGAUGGCAGAUUUUUCAUGUUUUCUUUAGCUCGCUGAUUUUGAUGUGCCUGUUCCUCGAAGCUGCUACUGAAUCCACACACUUAUGAUUUGUGUGUCAUAUCAAUAAUAAUGAUGUUUGGGCUUUGUUAGCAGAACAACUUUGUAUUUAUUUGAUGACCGUAUGACAAAAACGUCCCAGUAGCCCAGCUGUACUUUUGGUUUGUUUGAUUGGUCUUAUUGGGAGAUUAUUGUGUAAGUAACAACAGAGCAGUGUUUUAAGUGUCCACCUGUGGUCUGAAGAGCUUCCAAGCCUGAUUGGUAUGCUCCACAUCGUCAAAACCAUGAAAACACGAAACGACUCGACUCGUCUUACUCAGUCUGAACUGCCUCGUUACAGCCCGACACAGUCAGGCUCUACGGUUUCAUAUGAAGUGCCUCCAAUGGGCUUUAUUAUGGAGAAGUGUGUGAGUGUGUGUCCUCGUGAGUGUAUGAUGAGCUUGGGUAUUAGCAAACAGGUGUGCACACGGACAAGUGAAUCUCUGAUGGGGGACCAAGCUAACUACUGAUGCUGUGUCAUGGACUCGAGUCCUGAAGUGUGCCACGACUCUUUAACACUGUCACAAUGUGUCGACUGUUUGCUGCUGACUCGCUGACCAAAGUGACCAGGUGUCCCUUUUCCACCCCCACCCCAGCCAAAAGCAAUGGUGAACCUGAACUAUGAACUAAAGUUCUGACAGUAAUGGGCAACUGUGACAAAGGAGCUGCAUCUCUCGUUUUGUUGGCUUAAAAAAAAUCUUAUGAAGUAAAAAUACAAAGAUGGGAACCGAGCAGCAAACAAAUCUAGAGUGAGUGGUUCUGAUCCACAAGUAAAAUACAAUGAUGUACUUGGAGGUUUAACCAGAGAUUUGGGGUUUCUGCUUUAUCUUAAUGCAGAAGUAUCACUUAUUAUGUUUGCACUGUGGGGAUUUCAUCUGUUGGAGCACAUCAUAGUUUUAAAUGUGAAGUGUCCGAGAUGAUUUUCUGUUUAAACAGGAAUCUUUUUCCUGGGGGUGGAUUUGGUGGUCGGCCGAAUUGUGGGUCAGAGGAACGUAUCCAUUCACUCUAGGUUUAUUUCUGCUCUGAUGUAAUCGUCCUCUGGUCUGAGCGGUGGAGGGGGCCUGUUCUCUCUACUGUGAAAAUGUGAUGCUCCACUUUUGCAGAACCUUCAGGAAUAAAAAUGUCUUGCACAAACAUCCCCCCCUAACCAAAAUAAAGUUUGAAAACAACA